UUAUAACCAUUGCCAGUUCGAUCGUUGUUGCGAUACUAUAUUACUACUAGUGCUCUCUUUGAGCUAGCAAACGGCAUUUAGAAAAACAAAAGACCAUCAAAUUUUCCGAAUUUGUGUGGAAAAAUUGACAAGUUCUUGUUGACGAAUAUUUGGUGUUUUCUGAAAUGAUUUUGGGUGUAAAUCAGCGAACAGUCAUUGUGAUUUUUGUAAUUUCAAUUGUUGGAUCUGUUUCAAGUGAUUCGAAUGAAAUAUGCAGUGCGUACAGUGGACGACGAAUGUAUUUAGAUGAAAAUGGAAGUGGAGCAAUUCAGGCGGCUAAUGUUACAGCUUCGACUUUGAAAAAUAAAGUUGCGAGAGUUGAACGUUUUCCCGAUGGAACAGCAAUUAUACACUAUCAUUGCCAAUUGGAGUUGAUAACAUGUGCUGGAUGUAUUUUUGCCGUAAACAUUACCAAUACACAAUUUGCAAAAACCUGUGAUGAAGGCGACACACAAUGUAAAUGCGCCGAUUAUAUUAACUUCACUGAGCCACCGUACGAGGAAAAUUUGACGGAGAAAAUGUGGUGCGGAAGGUCACCGUAUGAAUUUCGAACCAGAGGCCGUAUAUUGGUCAUUGACUAUGUGUUUCAAAAAAGCCAUGAUAAUCCAUUUAACUUAACCUAUGUCAGUGAAAAAAAUCUGCUAACGUAUGAGGGUAAUGUGUCAGCAAAUCAAACGUCUAAAGAUGAUGUGCUUGAAUCUCCAUUUUUCCCAAAUUAUUAUCCACGAGAUUUAACCAUUGAUCAUGUGAUCGUAUGCAAUUCAAACUAUACCAUCGAUUGUAUUAUCGAAAUCGAAUUUUCUGACUUUCAAAUUUCGUUGAAUUCAGUGAUGGAGCUUUACGAUGAACAAGAUGAAUUGAUUGAAAGAUACACAGGUGAAAUAUUUCGACCGCCGAUUAUUCGUCUCUUGACACGCUUGAUGCGAAUUCAUUUCAAUGGCAAUGGAGGAACUGGUGCCGGUUAUCGUGCAGCCAUACGCUAUCUCACGCCAAAUGUCACAGAAGAAACGGUUAACACACAUUGCGGUGGUCUGGUUGAAACGUUCGGUGGUGCAAUCACAAUGAUGAAUAUGACCAACUCGAGUGCCAUGGCCUACGAUUGCAUUUGGCUUAUCAAACCGUCGAAUAACUACCUUCAUUUGAAAACGCAUCUUUUGGUUCGCAUUGACACAUUUGAGAAUAUGGAGAGUGCAUCAAGUGUUGUAAUUCGAGAUGGUUCAACAUCAAAUUCAACCAUGUUAAAACAAUAUGAUUGGCCGAUUGAAGGGAAACAUGAGAAAUUCCAAAGUUUCGUUACAACAUUGUCGUCCGGAUUUUAUAUUUCGUUCAAGGGCGUUUUUUCACCUGAAUCACGUUUCGCCAUCGUUUAUACGGCUUUUAGUUACAUGGAUUGUUUCCCAGGGCCGGAAUUUCUGUGUGAAAAUCAUCGAUGUAUUCCGUUCUUUCUUUCUUGUGAUGGAUUCGAUCAUUGUGGCGAUGGAAGUGAUGAAAAUGAGCGGUGCGGAAGCAGUGAAGCAGCCGAUGAAGCAGAAACGAAUCAGUACUGGCUCACGCAUACGCCAAACUACUUUUUCCCGAAAAUCGAUCAUUAUCCUGAUUUAAAGACGGCAACGUUGGUAUUUUUAGCUAGCGCCAUGAGUUUGGUCAUGCUGAUAUUGUUGUUAAUUAUGAUUCUGUACCGAAUGAAUCAUCAUGUUCGCGAACAAAGAGAACUACAAAGCCAAUUGAGAACGAUUAGCGAACUUUUGGAUAAUAGCGCAAAUAAUCAGAAUGAAGAGAAUGAAGCAGCUCAAGAGGAGCCACCAGCAUACGAAGAACCACCAGAUUACGAAGAAGCAAGUAGCUUAAAAUUGGAUAUGACUCUUCGACGAUCCAGCACUACCAUAUUGGAAACACAUCAAAAACGGCGACGAUCACGCUCGCGCUCGCGUUCAAGAUGCCACUCACGACAAUGCGAACAAAAUUCCUUGCUGAAUAUGCCCACAUGUACACCAACACCGUCUGAAAUGCUCAUACCCGAGCUGUACCUCACUGAUCGAGAAGCAUUGGCCGCUAGCAUUAUUGAAUGUGAAAUCUCUUCGCGAACACAACGUCGACACUCGGAAACGGUGAAUGUGCAUUCGCGACGAAGUAGUCAAAUUUUGUUAAUACCAGACAGUCCGCCACCCGAAUAUACACCUCGACACACAAAAAUGAUGCGAAAGUUGUCAUCAUCUGAGCAAUCGUUUGCAUUAGAUCCAGCAUUGGACGAUGAUAGAGAGUCGAAUACGAGUCGACUGGGUAAUGAAACCGAGUGUCCGACUGAGAGCUUGGCCUAGCUGAACUCACUAUGUGUUUCCUUUUUGCAGCUUUGAUAAUAAACACUGAACCACACAGAUUGAUUGAUAUACAAGAAUCGCCAUUGGUGCUAACCGAUCAACAAGACCAACCAAUCUUGGCCAAUGCACUAACAUCACCGCGUCGCCAUUCACUGCAGAACGACAGUUUGAAGAGCUACAAUUUCUUUGAACAGCAAUUCGCGCAUCAUGUGCAACCGCACAUUGAUAGCGAUUGUGAAUGCGAUUGGAUUGGUGCACAUCAUCAUCAUCACAAAGAUGACGGCAUAUUCCAUGUGAAUUCAUUCAGUUGGUUGAAAAAUAAAUGCGUAAAAUACGAAACAAUGCCAUCACAUCGGCUAAAAAUGAUCUUACGUAAAACCUCGUCCGAAAAUGAAUUGCUAUUGAUGUCACAAUCAAACAAUUCCAGCCUCCGGGAACUGUCCACCAUUCGUCGAUCGUUUAGCAGUGGACUCCUAUUUGGCAAUUAGACAAAAAUAAAACGAGUGCUGUUCGUAUUUUAAGUAUAUUUAUUCAGUAGGAAUAGAAUUGAUUAUUAUAAAAGCAAAUGUUAGUUUUUUAAACAACAAAAACUCAAUGUAAGACAGAUUACUUAAUAGUUUUCAUUUCAGUUUGUGAAUAAUUGUUAUAAUUGUAUAAAAAAAAACAUUAUUAGAUUUAAGUUUUACAGUUUAAAUGAACAUUGAAUGCUAACUCAGAGGAUUCAAAUAAAAUGUAAAGUACAACUUUUGGUGCGGGCAAACACAAUUUUUGUGCAAACAAUGCAAAUGCAGAUGGAUUUAUAGAUUUAUAUCCAACAGAUGAUUCUAAUUCUCUUUAUUCUCCUCCUAGAAAAUUGUAUCGAUUUGAGAAAAAUAAAUAAAUUAGAUUGAAUCAAAUUAA